AUGUCGCCGCCCGCCCGCCUCUCUCCCAACGACGCUCCCAACCUGCAAAAUGGAGCUGCUUCUCCCAAAGCAGGCUGGGGAUCUGAUUAUAUCGCAAAACAGCUCGCGAAGGUCCAUAUCCCGUACUUUGUGUUGGUCCCCGGAUCAUCUUAUCGUGGGCUCCAUGACAGUCUGGUCAAUCUAAACGGCAACGCCUCGCCCGAGAUGGUGGUCUGCCUCCACGAGGAACAUUCCAUCGCAAUCGCCCAUGGCUACGCCAAGGUGACAGAGAAGCCACUCGCGUGUGGCCUGCACGCCAACGUUGGCCUGAUGCACGCUUCCAUGGCGAUUUUUAAUGCUUUUAUCGAUCGAGUCCCCAUGGUGAUAUUCGGCGCGGCUGGCCCGUUUGACACGACCAAGCGGAGGCCCUGGAUCGACUCGACACACACUGCCAUUGAUCAAGCCGCUCUGGUCAGAAACUACACAAAAUGGGACGAUCAGCCCUCGAGUGUAAACUCUGCCAUCCGCAGCGUCAUCAAAGCAACCGCGGUUGCGUCCGUCAAGCCAUGUGCUCCAACAUAUGUUGUUCUUGAUGUUGGUCUUCAGGAAGCGGAAUAUGACGAAAAGGAUGUUCGAUAUCCUGAUACGGAGAGAUAUCUGACACAGCAAUCAGCCGGCGCUAGCCAAGCUGAUGUUAAGAAAGUGGCGGAUGCCUUGGAGCAGUCAACAAAAGCUUUGAUAAUGUUUGGCAGGAUGAAUAGGACUCAGAAAAGCUGGGACGAGAGGAUUAAACUGGCCGAGACGUUCGACGCGAAGGUCGUUACUGAUAUUAAACAACCCGUCGCUUUCCCAACAACACACCGAUUACAUCCCGCACCUCCUGCACUUUUCUUGGCUCCUGAUGCCGCCAAUCUGAUAAGAGAGGCAGACCUGAUCAUUUCAUUCGACUGGGUAGACCUAGCAGGGUUUUUUACCAUGGCUCAGGGCGAGUUGAUUGAACCUAAGGCGAAGGUCAUCGAGAUUUCCGUCGAUAGCCAGCUCCAUAAUGGCUGGUCCAAGGACCAUUUCGAGACACCACCGGCAGACAUCAGCAUUUUCGCUGACCCGGACAAAUUCAUCACCGACCUUGUUGCCGAACUCGAGUCCAGGAAACUCUCUGGCUUCCCGAAGUCCGCGUGGCCCGUAACACAACCAUCAUCCUCGCAGAAGCCGCAAAACCUGGACGGCGAAGACAUAUUCCAAGCAGACCUUGCGUCCGCUCUCUACGCCGCGAUCAGCCCCGAAGAUAUGUGCAUCAUCCGCCUCCCACUCAGUUUCCGUGGUAUUGACCUUCUAGCGACUCAUCCCCUGGCGUACCUGGGCAUGGAUGGUGGCGCAGGCAUAGGUUCAGGUCCUGGUCAAGCGGUGGGUUCGGCUCUGGCGCUGAAGGGAACGAAAUACGUGCCCGUCGCUAUUCUGGGUGAUGGCGACUUCUUGAUGGGUAACUCUGCUAUCUGGACCGCAGCCCGGUACCGCAUCCCCGUGUUGAUCAUUGUCUCGAACAAUGGCAGUUUCUACAACGACGAGGUCCAUCAGGAGCGCGUUGCGAACACGAGAAGCAGACCCGUUGAGAACAAGUGGAUUGGCAUGAGACUGGACGAUCCACUCCCCGAUAUUGGGAAGAUGUCGGAAUCUUUCGGCCUCAAGACGCUUGGUGGCCAGAUCUCGAAGCGAAGUGAGCUGAAGGGCAAGUUUGACGAAGCGGUCAGGCUGGUGAGAGACGAACAGCAAGCGGUGGUCUUGGAUGUCAGGGUCAGACCCGAUGAUUACCUGAAAAACUGGGGGGCAAGCAACAUCGUAAAGAAGUGA